AUGGCGGCUUUCAACGAGGACGAUAUAUUCGACGACGACGGCGGAAUCGGCGACGAGCUCGCGUUCAUGAGCGCGGACGAUAUCAUUCGCCGAUCUAGGUUGCUCGAUAACGAGAUUCGCGUCCUCAAGGACGAGUCGCAGCGCGUGCAUCUGGAGCACGAGUCCAUGAAAGAGAAGAUUAAGGAGAACCAGGAGAAGAUUAAACUCAACAAGCAGCUGCCAUACCUCGUUGGAAACGUCGUCGAGGUCCUGGAUGUGAAUCCCGAGGACGAGAGUCCCGAGGACGGGGCGAAUCUGGACCUGGACUCGCUGCGCAAGGGCAAGUGCGUGGUGCUCAAGACGUCCACGCGCCAAACCAUCUUCCUGCCCGUCGUGGGGCUCGUGGACGCGGACGCGCUCAAGCCGGGCGACCUGGUGGGCGUGAACAAGGACAGCUAUUUGAUUCUCGACACGCUGCCUGCCGAGUAUGACUCGCGUGUGAAGGCCAUGGAGGUGGACGAGAAGCCUACAGAGGACUACAGCGAUAUUGGAGGGCUGGACAAGCAGAUUCAAGAGCUGGUGGAAGCGGUGGUGCUGCCCAUGACCCACAAGGAGCGGUUUGCGUCGCUAGGUAUCAAGCCGCCCAAGGGAGUGCUGCUGUACGGCCCCCCUGGUACCGGCAAGACGCUCAUCGCCAGGGCGUGUGCUGCUCAGACCAAUGCUACGUUCCUUAAGCUCGCAGGGCCGCAGCUCGUGCAGAUGUUCAUAGGAGAUGGGGCGAAGCUAGUGCGGGAUGCGUUUCAGCUGGCCAAGGAGAAGUCGCCGUGCAUCAUCUUCAUUGAUGAGAUUGACGCCAUCGGCACCAAGCGCUUCGACUGGUGGGUGGUCGUGGCAGCCACCAACCGAGCCGACAUCCUCGACCCGGCUCUCAUGCGCUCGGAGCGACUCAGUGGUGGCAGCCACGAAUCGGGCCGACAUCCUCGACCCGGCUCUCACGCGCUCGGGGCGGCUCGCCCAUCUUGCCCUCUCACCUCUCUCCCCGUUCACCAUUCAAUCCCACUCACACCGUGUCAGAUGGUGGCAGCCACCAACCGAGCCGACAUCCUGGACCCGGCUCUCAUGCGUUCGGGGCGGCUGGACAGGAAGAUUGAGUUCCCACACCCCACCGAGGAGGCCCGGGCUCGGAUCCUGCAGAUCCAUUCACGGAAAAUUAGCGUACACCCGGAUGUGAAUUUCGAGGAGCUGGCGCGGUCAACAGACGAUUCCAAUGGAGCCCAUCUUAACGCCGUCUGUGUAGAGGCCGGCAUGCUUGCCCUGCGGCGAGACGCCACUGAGUUCCCCACUGAUGUGCUGCGCGAUGUCGACCCUGCCGCUGUCUCUCGUGAUGCUGUAACCCCCAAUUCCCGGAACAGGCCUAACCAGCACAAGCGCCACGCUCGCACCAUGGCAGAGAAGAAUGGUUGGCUUGUGAGGAUGAAGGAUGAUAUUCUCACGGUGCGCGAAACUGCACGGCUGGCUGGCGUUCAACCCGUGAGCAUCCGCCGCUGGAAGAAGGCGGCUGAAGAGAUGGCAGCGGCGGCAGGCAGUCGUCUGCGGAUUUCUGGUGGCGGACGGACAGCUCGCUACCCUGACAUGGAGCUGUCAGUGUACAAGCAGUUCCUCGCCCACAGGGAGGAGGAGGAGGAGGAGGAGGAGGAGGAGGAGGAGGAGGAGGAGGAGGAGGAGGAGGAGGAGGAGGAGGAGGAGGAGGAGGAGGAGGAGGAGGAGGAGGAGGAGGAGGAGGAGGAGGAGGAGGAGGAGGAGGAGGAGGAGGAGGAGGAGGAGGAGGAGGAGGAGGAGGAGGAGGAGGAGGAGGAGGAGGAGGAGGAGGAGGAGGAGGAGGAGGAGGAGGAGGAGGAGGAGGAGGAGGAGGAGGAGGAGGAGGAGGAGGAGGAGGAGGAGGAGGAGGAGGAGGAGGAGGAGGAGGAGGAGGAGGAGGAGGAGGAGGAGGAGGAGGAGGAGGAGGAGGAGGAGGAGGAGGAGGAGGAGGAGGAGGAGGAGGAGGAGGAGGAGGAGGAGGAGGAGGAGGAGGAGGAGGAGGAGGAGGAGGAGGAGGAGGAGGAGGAGGAGGAGGAGGAGGAGGAGGAGGAGGAGGAGGAGGAGGAGGAGGAGGAGGAGGAGGAGGAGGAGGAGGAGGAGGAGGAGGAGGAGGAGGAGGAGGAGGAGGAGGAGGAGGAGGAGGAGGAGGAGGAGGAGGAGGAGGAGGAGGAGGAGGAGGAGGAGGAGGAGGAGGAGGAGGAGGAGGAGGAGGAGGAGGAGGAGGAGGAGGAGGAGGAGGAGGAGGAGGAGGAGGAGGAGGAGGAGGAGGAGGAGGAGGAGGAGGAGGAGGAGGAGGAGGAGGAGGAGGAGGAGGAGGAGGAGGAGGAGGAGGAGGAGGAGGAGGAGGAGGAGGAGGAGGAGGAGGAGGAGGAGGAGGAGGAGGAGGAGGAGGAGGAGGAGGAGGAGGAGGAGGAGGAGGAGGAGGAGGAGGAGGAGGAGGAGGAGGAGGAGGAGGAGGAGGAGGAGGAGGAGGAGGAGGAGGAGGAGGAGGAGGAGGAGGAGGAGGAGGAGGAGGAGGAGGAGGAGGAGGAGGAGGAGGAGGAGGAGGAGGAGGAGGAGGAGGAGGAGGAGGAGGAGGAGGAGGAGGAGGAGGAGGAGGAGGAGGAGGAGGAGGAGGAGGAGGAGGAGGAGGAGGAGGAGGAGGAGGAGGAGGAGGAGGAGGAGGAGGAGGAGGAGGAGGAGGAGGAGGAGGAGGAGGAGGAGGAGGAGGAGGAGGAGGAGGAGGAGGAGGAGGAGGAGGAGGAGGAGGAGGAGGAGGAGGAGGAGGAGGAGGAGGAGGAGGAGGAGGAGGAGGAGGAGGAGGAGGAGGAGGAGGAGGAGGAGGAGGAGGAGGAGGAGGAGGAGGAGGAGGAGGAGGAGGAGGAGGAGGAGGAGGAGGAGGAGGAGGUGGACGAGGAGGCACCUGUGGAGGAGGAGGAAGCUAUGGAGGAGGAGGACGGCGAGGACAGUGAGGAGGAGUAG